AUGUCUGAAGGACGCGAAAGAUAUUCUUUGCGGCAGACGCCAAAAAAAACGGAACGUGCUGGUUUCGUCGAGACUCCGCGAAUCCGUCGCCAGAGAAAGUCACAAUUCCCAGAAGACGCAGACGAUUCUUCUUCCGCAACAGAUAACCCGCCAUCCAGGAUGAGAUCUUCAAGUCGAAAAGUCAAUAUGGUCGAGACAGCAACAACCAAUGAUCAUGUCAGUAAUGGCGCAGCAAUCAAUGGCUUUACUUCCGCAUUGAAUGGCUCUAAUACGAUCGAACCGUUGAAGAGUGGAAGCGCAAAUGUCCAGAGCGAAACCGAGGAGAAGGCAGUCAAUGGGAAAUCAACAAAGGUUACAAAUGAUCCAAAGAUUGAUACUUCUGGCCACUUCGAUUUUGGUGGUUCUUUCGGCGUUAGUGCUAUGAUGAUUGGCUUCCCUUGUCUCAUGUGGUAUAUGUGGAUUGGAGCAACAUACUAUGAUGGGAAAUUUCCCACGCCGGAACCAGGUCAAGAAUUCCUCGAUUUUGUGAAGCAUCUGGGUGAUCUCGUCUACACAGGGGCAUACCCAAGUCUUCGUGCCUGGAAAAUCUACUGGGUUUUCUUCAUCUUUGAGGCUAUCUUGUAUUGCCUUAUGCCAGGAGUUUGGGGUUAUGGUAAACCGCUUCCUCACGAGGGAGGUAAGCAAUUGCCAUACUAUUGCUCUGGAAUUUGGUCUUUCUAUUUCACCAUCAUCACCGGGGCUGUUUUGCACUACUUAAACAUUUUCAAAAUUUAUACUCUCUUAGAUGAGUUUGGACCAAUCAUGUCGGUAGCCAUCUGCUCCGGAUUUUUGGUCUCAAUUGUUGCUUAUUUGUCGGCUUUGGCACGUGGAGCUCAACACCGAAUGACAGGCUAUCCAAUUUAUGACUUCUUCAUGGGAGCCGAAUUGAAUCCAAGAAUGUUCGGUAUCUUGGAUUUCAAAAUGUUCUUCGAAGUUCGUCUACCAUGGUUCAUUCUCUUGGGCCUUUCCUGUGCCGCUGCUGCAAGGCAAUAUGAACAAUAUGGCUAUGUAUCAGGUGAAGUCGGAUUCUUGAUCAUGGCUCACUUUUUGUAUGCAAAUGCAUGCGCUAAAGGAGAAGAAUUGAUCAUAACAACCUGGGAUAUGUACUAUGAGAAAUGGGGCUUCAUGUUGAUUUUCUGGAAUCUCGCGGGUGUUCCUCUCAGUUACUGCCACUGCACCAUUUAUUUGGCCAACCACCCACCAUCCGAAUACUCAUGGAACAAGUACUUCCUCUUCUUCUUGUACACAUCGUACCUAUUCGUAUACUGGGUCUGGGAUACCACCAAUAGCCAAAAGAACAGAUUUAGAUCUCGUGAACGUGGAACCGUUACAGAUCGUAAAGCAUUUCCUCAAUUGCCAUGGAAGGAGGUCAUGAACCCACGUGUCAUCAAAACCAAAACCGGUGACUCAAUUUUGGCUGAUGGCUGGUACGGAAAGGCUCGCAAAAUCCAUUACACUUGCGAUUUCUUCUUCGCUUUCUGCUGGGGACUUAUUACUGGCUUCAAGAGUCCAUUUCCUUGGUUUUAUUGUGUCUUCUUUGCCGGUAUGAUCUCUCAUCGUGCAUAUAGAGAUAUUCAAAAGUGCCGAGAGAGAUAUGGAGAGGCUUGGGAGGAGUACGAAAGAUUGGUUCCAUAUCUGUUCAUUCCAGAACGACUAUCACACUUUAUAUCAUCAUGGAAAGCUGAUAAGAGAGGCGGCGACGCGGUUUUCAAUGGCGCAAAUAGUAUCCUGGUGUUAAUGGGGAAGACGGAGGAUGUGGCAAGCUUUCAGAAAAACAAUGCGAUUCAUUUUUGGUUAUUAGGCUAUGAGUUUCCUGCGACGCUUUUCCUUUUCACAGUCGACACUUUAUACAUUGUGACAACGGCAAAGAAAGCGAAACAUUUGGAACCUUUGAAAGGUGGAAAGAUUCCUCUCGAGGUCUUGGUUAGAGGCAAAGAUGCAGCAGCCAACGAGAAGCUUUUCACAAAGAUCGCAGACGUCAUCAAAUCAUCAGGGAAGAAAGUUGGAAUCCUACCAAAAGAUACAUCAAGUGGCCCUUUUAUCGAUGAGUGGAAGAAAACCUAUACCGAAAUCAAGGACGUGGAAGAAGUAGAUAUUGCGCCAGCUUUAUCUGCUGCAGCUCUGGCAGUAAAAGAUGAGAAUGAAUUGCGUGCUAUGCGAAAUUCCUCAAAAGCAUGUACUGCACUCAUGAACCCAUAUUUCGUCGAGGAAAUGUCAGGCAUUUUAGAUGAAGAGAAAAAAGUCAAACAUAGCGCCCUGGCUAACAAAGUGGAUGGCAAAUUGGACGACGCCAAGUUUUGGACUUCCGUGGAGCUUCCUAAUAAACAGAGGAUGCCAAAUGACUUCGAUUCAUCACAAUUGGACUGGACCCAUGGACCUAUCAUACAAAGUGGUGGAAAAUACGACUUGAAGAUGAGUGCUCAAGUUGACGAUGAGUUAUUACAUGCUGGUGUCAUCAUUUGUUCUAUGGGUCUUCGAUACAAAACCUACUGCUCCUUAAUCGGCCGAACUUAUCUCGUCGACCCAAACAAAUCCCAAGAGAGCAACUACAAAUUCUUAUUGCAGGUUCACAAUCUUGUUAUGAAGGAAAUUCGCGAUGGCGCUCAUGUCAAAGAUAUUUACGCCAAAGCUUUAGCCCUCAUUAGAACCAAAAAACCUGAGUUGGAGAAACAUUUCUUGAAGAAUGUUGGAGCUGGAAUCGGUAUCGAAACAAGGGACCCUACUUUACUCCUGAAUGCCAAGAGCACUCGCAGCUUAAAAGACGGAAUGACUCUUUGUGUCACUACAGGGUUCAAUGAUAUCGAGAACAAAGAUCCUCAAGACAAGAAGAGCAAAAUCUACUCUUUGGUAUUAUCGGAUACUGUUCGUGUCACUCAAGCGGAGCCUGUUAUUUUCACCGGCGAUGCCCCCUCGGAACUCGAUGCGACCUCGUUCUUUUUCAAGGAUGAAGAAGAUGAGCCUGCACCAGAACCAAAAGCUACCAAGGCAAAGAAGGAUUCAAGUGUUGGGGCCGUUGCAGCUAAAAAUAUCACCAAGACAAAACUUCGGGGUGAACGAUCAACUCAAGUUGACGAAGGUGCUGAAGCCAGGAGGCGUGAGCAUCAAAAAGAGCUCGCAAAAAGAAAACAGGCCGAAGGUCUUGCACGAUUUGCUGAAGCUACUGGCGAUCAAAAUGGUGUUGCCGUGAAGAAAUUCAAGCGAUUUGAAUCUUACAAGCGUGAGAAUCAAUUCCCUCCGAAGAUCAGAGAUCUCGCCAUUGUCAUGGACGCGAAAAACUCAACUGUUGUUUUACCCAUUAUGGGCCGUCCAGUACCUUUCCACAUCCAAACUAUCAAGAACGCCAGUAAGAGUGACGAGGGUGAAUUUUCAUACCUCCGAAUCAAUUUCUUAUCUCCUGGUCAAGGUGUCGGUAGAAAGGAUGAUCAACCAUUCGAAGAUGUUUCAGCACACUUUGUUAGAAGUUUGACAUUCAGAUCUCAUGAUGGAGAUAGAUUUCAAGAUAUUGCCAAUCAAAUUGGUAACAUGAAGAAAGAUGCUGUCAAGCGUGAACAAGAGAAGAAGGAUAUGGAAGAUGUUGUUGAGCAGGACAAGUUGGUUGAAAUUCGAAAUCGUCGUCCAAUUGUUAUGGACAACGUUUUCAUUCGUCCAGCUAUGGAUGGUAAACGUGUACCCGGAAAGGUUGAAAUCCAUCAGAACGGUCUUCGAUAUCAAUCCCCUCUCAAUCUUCAACACCGAGUCGAUAUCCUUUUCAGUAACGUCAAGCAUCUUUUCUUCCAACCUUGUGACCAUGAAUUGAUCGUCAUCAUUCAUGUGCAUCUAAAGGAUCCAAUUUUGAUUGGCAAAAAGAAGACCAAAGAUGUUCAAUUCUAUCGCGAAGCUACUGAUAUUCAAUUUGAUGAAACUGGAAACAGAAAGCGAAAGUAUAGAUAUGGCGAUGAGGAAGAAUUCGAAGCAGAGCAGGAAGAACGAAGACGUCGCGCUGAUCUCGAUCGUCAAUUCAAAGCAUUUGCUGAGAAGAUUGCCGACGCUGGUAAAAAUGAGAACGUCGAUGUUGACGUACCUUUCCGUGAACUUGGGUUCGGUGGUGUCCAGCGUUUCUGUCAACCUUCCACAGAUUGUUUAGUUCAACUGACUGAACCUCCUUUUAUGGUCAUCACCCUUGAGGAUAUCGAAAUUGCUCAUCUUGAGCGUGUACAAUUCGGACUCAAGAACUUUGAUAUGGUCUUUGUUUUCAAGGACUUCCACCGUGCUCCUUACCAUAUCAAUACCAUUCCUGUCGAAUCACUCGAAAAUGUGAAGGAAUGGUUAGAUUCCGUCAAUAUUCCAUUUUCCGAAGGUCCACUCAAUUUGAAUUGGCCAACGAUUAUGAAGACUGUUACAGCCGAUCCUCAUGGAUUCUUUGAGGAUGGUGGAUGGGGAUUUUUGGCUACGGAGUCAGAUGAUGAAGGUGGUGAUGAAGAAGAUGAGGAAUCUGCUUUUGAAAUAAGUGAUGAUGAAAUGGCGGCUACGGAAGAAAGUUCGGAUGAAGAUAGUGAUUUUGAUAGUAAUGCAAGUGAGGAUGAAGGAGAAGAGGAUAGUGAUGAACAGAGUGAGGGAGAGGAUUGGGAUGAAUUGGAGAAGAAGGCCAAGAGAAAGGAUAUGGAAAGUGGAUUGGAGGAUGAAGAAGAAGCACCCAAGAAAAAGAGAAAGCAUUAA